AAAAACGAACUGUUGGCCAUUUUGAAUCUAAAAGGCUUUUUAACUUGUUGCCCUGGUGGUUUGGCGCCCAAAUGACGAAAAAAGCAUUUCAUUUUCAAAUGUAUACCUCAACAGCAUGUACUUAUGGUUUUAAAGUCGUUUUGGCGUGAGGGGGGAAUAAAGAGACGACGUUUUCAUACUUAGCUGGCGGCCAUUACUAGCUAAACGAGGAAGGAGAGGAAGUGGAAUCUGGCUUACGUUGCGAGCAAAGUGGGCAGAGCUGCUGAAGGAUAUCAGCUCCGGGAGAGGCGGAGAGGACGACACACGCAACACAGGGAGCGAGAAGACCGGCACGGAGAGGAGCUCUCGUCCAGCGAUGCCGCCGAAAAAAACACCAAAAUGGUCCAAAAACACGACGCCGACCCGGGUAGAUGACGGGGGAUAGUCUCAACUGCGGAUGUGGGACUUCCCCCUGUGGAUCACACCAUGCGAUGCAGAAAGAGCUCAUCUGACCGAGAAAAAUGGGGUUGACGCCUUGGUAUGUCGAUGUUGCGGAUGGGUUCGUACAAAUUUCGCUCCAGAGUAGAACUAACUGAUUCAACGGGAUUUUGCUGACAUGGAGACAGCGUUGUUAAAACAUGAAGAUAGCGUUCUUAAACGUGAAGAUGGAAAAUUUUGAAAAGCUGAAUUUAUUUUUUUUGACGGGAAUACGUUUUGGAUUUUUAAAUUUUUAAAGACACCAUGGACAUUGGAACGCAGUUGCUCGCUGUGUGAUGGACAAUAUUUACAGUUUUUUGAGAAACACAAAAUUGGCAAUUGUACAUUGGUAUUGAUGCUGUUUUCAAAUAAAGUAUAUGUUCUGUAUUUUUUCUUCUUUACUUUGUUUUAUCCCCAAUAUAUAAAGGCUGUUUGGUAUGACAUUUUAAAUAGAGUCCCGAAGGUUCACAUUUGGAUGUUUUCAAUUGUAUGUUUAUACUUUUUAUAACAACUUCACUAAUUAUUUGACAACCAUCAAGCUUGGCGGAUGUAGUUAUGAAGCAAACAUAAUUGCGAAAAGGAUUGGAUAAGUCCUCAAGUAAUGUUUUAUUUCUUCACUUUUUGUUCUUUUCAGAAAUGACUGUUAUAUUUAUGAGAAAGGGGUUUAUUUUUUAAUAGUUUAAUAUUCUGACCUCUUUAGUCCCGGUAGCUAAUAAAACAACAACAAAAAAUCAAUCAAUAAAACACUACCUUUAGCAAUGGUUAAAUUGCAUUUGUUGUGAGCUGAAAUGGUUUCCUAAAGAUUUCUAAAAUGGCUUCUGGCUGUUCUUCUUCCUGUUCAUGCAGGAAGUGAUGUAAUUGCAGCAAAAUAUAUUUUCACCCUUAGUAGUCAUCACUGCCUAAUGAAAUGAGACCAAGCUUUCACUUUCAGGCUUGUGAAAUGGUGAUGAAAAUAAGACUACGUUUUAUUUAAAGAAAAGUUGUAGAUGAAGGGGAGGGACUUAAACAUCACCUGAGUGUUGGCUAAAUGGAAAUAACGUCAAUCAAAGGCUUUCAGAGCUAGGAAGGAGCUGUACAUGGCGGAUCAUCCUUAGGAAGGCUGCUAUGGGCUGUCGUCAUACCGUUUUUUUUUGGCCGUGUGUCGACUCGGUCAAUGGCCUGGUCCCUUAAAAUGAUGCUUCUGGGUUUUCGGUUUAUAUUUUAGUGGGAUUUUUGCUGUUUUUGUGGUGUUUUCGGGCUGUUUUUCCGUGUCGAAUGUAUCGUCUGGGCUGUGGGAGUGCUUGUCGUUGUUUUCCAUGCAGGGCUAUGGCAGCCAUGGCGCGCCUCCAUUUUUAGUGAGCUGCUCGCCUCUGUUGCUCUGAGGCUUGACAGCAGACCAGGUCCGGAGAGGCCUAGAAUGUCUUAGAAACUUUAUUCUUUUUUGUAACUAACUCCAAAUUGUUACUUUUCAUUGCUUGGUUUGAUUUAAAUCGGACAUUAAUUUAAUUUGCAUGACGACGUAUCGCAAUGAAAUAGCUGCUCUAUCGGCUAAUACUUUCCUGGCGGAUUGCUAAUGUUUACAUUGUUUUGGGUAUUAAUUCCGAUUUUUUUCAUAGUUAGAGUUUAUUUUUUUCACUUACUGUUCUGAUGACGCAGUUAGAAUUAAUUGAUGCGACUCGGCCCAUGGGCUACAUUGAAAUGGAUGCAUUGCACAUGUAGGCUAAUGGAAUAGCAGCUUUCUUUAGCAAGUGUAUUUCAAUAAGCGACGCGUGUCUAGGUAUGAUAGCAUACUUGUAUUUAAUGCCACUUUCUCCUUUCGCGUCCGGUCGCCUGGGAUUUAACUGUCUCCCGAGUGAAGGCAAUCUUGAGGGACUUGUGUGAUACUUCAUGCUUCCAGCAACUUUUUGACACUAAAUACCAGGACAUCACCUCUCCUGAGGAUAUAUUUAUAUUUUUAAAGAAACACUUUUUUCAAUGAUGAAGAACAGGAAUAAAAAGCAGGAGGAUGAAGGAUCGGCUCACAGCAAUGUAUCCAGCAAUUCAGCCUCCGAAGAAUCCAACCACUCCGCGUCGGAGUCGGGCAGCCAGUCAGAGAGCGAGCGUGGCAGUGAGAGGCGACGAUGCCGCAACUCUGAGACAAACAGCUCCUCCGACUCGGAGAGUCGCUCGGAGUCGGGCAGUGAGUCUGCAGAGUCGAAAAGGCAAACGAUUACGGAGGCCAAAGAUAAACCAGCAAAGAAGAAGGAACGGCAGGCUGAUGUCAAGAAGAUGUGGGAGGAGCAUCCAGACGUGUACGGAAUCAGAAGAUCCAAUCGCAGUAGACAAGAGCCGUCUCGCUUGAACAUCGGCGCUGGGGGUAGCAGUGACUCAGAGAGUGAAAGUCCAAAAAGAAAAACCUCUCGUGCAAAAAAGGAAAAUAUCUGGAAAGAUGAUGAUGACUCAAAUGAUGACGAGGAGGAGGAAACGUCCGACAGUUCAGACAGUGAGCAGGAAGAGAAAAAAGUUAGAUCCAGACGACUUCCUGCUAGAAGGCCUCAGACAAAAUCCUCAAACAAAAAACAACUGUCACAGAAAGGAAAGAAGUCCAGGAAACAAGAGUCCUCCCCUGAAGAAGAGGAGGAUGACGAGGACGAGGACGAGGACGAGGAUGAGGAGGAUACUCCGAAGAGACAAACUCGUCGCAGAGGGGCGACCAAAGUCAAAAGCUAUAAAGAAGACCAACAUGACUUUGAAACAGACUCUGAUGAUCUGAUUGAAAUGACGGGUGACGCUUGCGAGGAGCAGCAGGAUGACGACAGCGAGACCAUUGAAAAAGUCAUGGACACCAGGAUUUCCAAAAAAGGAGCAACGGGAGCUCCCACGACCAUUUACGCCAUGGAGGAGAAUGGAGACCCUUGUGAAGGCUUUAACCCCAACAACGAAGACGAAGGAGAAACUCAGUAUCUGAUCAAGUGGAAGGGUUGGUCUUAUAUCCACAACACAUGGGAGAGCCUGGACUCGCUGACGCAGCAGAAGGUCAAGGGCUUGAAGAAGCUGGAGAACUACAAAAAGAAGAUGGAUGAGCUCGAUUCAUGGUUGAGGAAGGCUUCUCCUGAGGAUGUGGAAUUCCAUAACUGCCAGCAGGAGCUGAUUGCAGACCUGAACAAACAGUUCCAGUUUGUAGAGCGUGUCAUCGCAACCAAAACAGGGAAAAUACAUGGAUCGUCUGACUUCCCAUCUCACAGUCACAAGAUUCCAUCUUCCAACGAGCCAGAGUACCUAUGCAAGUGGAUGGGCUUACCGUACUCGGAAUGCAGCUGGGAGGAUGGGGCGCUGGUGAUGAAGAAGUUUCAGCACUGCAUAGACAGCUUCUUGAACCGCAACUCCAGCAAAACGGUCCCCUCUAAAGACUGCAAGGUGUUGAAACAAAGACCAAGAUUUGUUGCUCUGAAGAAGCAGCCGUCGUAUAUCGGAGAUGAGAACCUGGAGCUGAGAGACUAUCAGCUGGCUGGCCUCAACUGGUUGGCACAUUCUUGGUGCAGGUGUAAUAGUGUCAUCUUGGCAGAUGAAAUGGGACUGGGAAAGACCAUCCAGACCAUUUCCUUCCUGUCCUACCUGUUCCACCAGCAUCAGCUGUAUGGGCCCUUCUUACUGGUGGUGCCCCUGUCCACACUCACCUCCUGGCAGAGGGAAUUUAGCACGUGGGCCCCCGACAUGAAUGUAGUUGUCUACCUCGGUGAUGUCAUGAGCAGAAAAACGAUCCGUGAUUAUGAGUGGGUGAACCAUCAAACCAAAAGAAUCCGAUUCAAUGCACUGUUAACAACUUAUGAAAUUCUCCUAAAAGACAAGGGGGUUCUGGGUAACAUCAACUGGGCAUUCCUGGGUGUGGAUGAGGCUCACAGGCUGAAGAACGAUGAUUCCCUCUUGUACAAAACCUUAAUGGAGUUCAGGUCCAACCACAGACUCCUCAUUACAGGCACUCCUUUGCAGAACUCUCUGAAAGAGCUCUGGUCACUGCUGCAUUUCCUCAUGCCAGACAAGUUUGACUCGUGGGAGGAUUUUGAAGACGAUCACGGCAAAGGACGUGAGAAUGGCUACCAGAGUCUUCACAAAGUCCUCGAGCCUUUCCUCCUCCGACGUGUCAAAAAGGAUGUGGAGAAGUCACUACCUGCCAAGGUGGAGCAGAUUCUUCGUGUCGACAUGACUGCACAGCAGAAACAAUUUUACAAGUGGAUUUUAACACGGAAUUACAAAGCUCUUGCCAAAGGCACCCGAGGCAGCUCCACAGGCUUCCUGAACAUCGUUAUGGAGCUGAAAAAGUGCUGUAACCACAGCUUUCUCAUCAAACAACCUGAGGAUGGAGAUCCUGAAACUCAGCAGGAACACCUGCAGAAUCUUGUGCGGGGCAGUGGGAAGCUGGUGCUGCUUGACAAGCUGCUGACCCGGCUCAGAGAGAGAGGCAACAGAGUACUGAUCUUCUCGCAAAUGGUCAGAAUGUUGGACAUUCUGGCUGAAUACCUUGCCAAGAAACGCUGUCCAUUCCAGCGACUGGAUGGGUCCAUUAAAGGAGAAAUUCGAAAGCAAGCACUUGAUCACUUCAAUGCAGAAGGCUCUGAGGACUUCUGUUUCCUCUUGUCUACGAGAGCAGGGGGUUUAGGAAUAAACUUGGCCUCGGCCGACACUGUCGUCAUUUUUGACUCUGACUGGAACCCUCAAAAUGACUUGCAGGCACAAGCCAGGGCCCAUAGGAUUGGACAAAAGAAACAGGUGAAUAUAUAUCGACUGGUUACCAAGGGAACAGUUGAGGAGGACAUUAUUGAGAGGGCAAAGAAGAAGAUGGUUUUAGACCACCUGGUCAUCCAGCGAAUGGACACCACUGGUCGAACUGUACUGGACAGCAACUCUGGAAACACAAAUUCCAACCCAUUUAACAAGGAAGAGCUCACUGCUAUUCUCAAGUUUGGUGCAGAAGAGCUCUUUAAAGAGGCAGAGGGAGAAGAGUCUGAACCACAGGAGAUGGACAUUGAUGAAAUUCUGAGGUUGGCUGAAACAAGAGAAAGUGACCAAGGACCAGGGAGUGCCACCGAUGAACUUCUCUCUCAGUUUAAGGUGGCCAAUUUUUCCAGCAUGGAGGAAAGCGUUCCCGCUGACUUUGAGGAGAAACCUGCUCGGGAAUGGGAUGACAUCAUCCCAGAGGAGCAGCGGCGCAAAAUAGAGGAGGAGGAGAAGCAGCGGGAAAUGGAUCUCUUCAUACUGCCAAGAAGCAGGAGUUCAAACAAGCGGGCUCAGGCCAAUGACAGUGAUAGUGAUGUCGGCUCCAAGCUGAAGCAGCACUCCUCCGGCUCCGAAAGUGAGACUGACGACAGCGAUGAAGAUAAGAAGCCAAAGAAGAGAGGCAGACCGCGAGCCCGCAAAAACAACGUGGAGGGUUUCACCGACGCAGAGAUCCGCAGGUUCAUUAAGGCUUACAAGAAAUUUGGAGCUCCACUUGAAAGGUUAGAGGCCAUUGCACGCGACUCUGAGCUGGUGGACAAGUCAGUAGCAGACCUGAAGAGACUUGGCGAGCUCAUUCACACUAGUUGUGUGGCUGCAGUGCAAGAACACGAGGAAAACCUGAAAGAGAACCCAGUCGAAGCUAAAGGUCCCGGGAAACGGCGAGGGAUCAACAUAAAGAUCUCAGGGGUGCAGGUUAAUGCCAAAUCAAUCAUACAGCAUGAGGAGGAAUUUGAGCCUUUGCACAAAGCAGUGCCUACCAAUCUGGAUGAGAGGAAUAAGUUCAAGCUCACAUGCAGAGUCAAGGUAGCUCACUUUGAUGUGGAAUGGAAUGUGGAAGACGACAUUCAGCUCUUACUGGGAAUAUAUGAACACGGGUUCAACAAUUGGGAUCUGAUCAAGACCGAUCCUGACCUCAGGCUUAGUGAAAAGAUUCUUCCAGAUGAUCCAAGCAAGAAGCCUCAGGCCAAGCAGCUGCAAGCUCGAGCAGAGUAUCUUCUCAAGCUGCUCAAAAAGGAGCAAGAUAGUGGGGAUUUGUCUAAAACGGGGGACGAGGUAAAAGUGAAGAAAAGAAAGCCUCGGGUGAAAAAGGAGAAGAUCGUCAAGGACGAGCAGGGUAACAACAUCUCAUCUCCACGCUUGUCCGACAAUCCGUCAGAGGAGGGCGAACUCAAGGAGGAAGGAGCAGAGAAGUCGCCUACUAAGAAAAGGCAAAAGAAGGACAACAAGGAGAACAAAGAAAAACAGGGAACCCCUAAAAAGGAGAAGGAAGGGGAAAAAGAAAAGAAGGGCAACAAGGCCAGAAAGGAGAAGGCUAAAGGAGCCAAAGGGAGGAAAACCCAAGGGCCAGUUCACAUCACUGCAGGCUCUGAGCCCGUUCCCAUCGAAGGAAAGGAGGACGAUGAACUUGACCAGGAGACUUUCAGUAUUUGUAAGGAGCGGAUGCGGCCCGUGAAGAAGGCCUUAAAGCAACUGGAUAAACCAGACGAGGGUUUGUCGGACCAGGAGCAGCUACAGCACACACGUACAUGCCUGCUGAAGAUCGGAGACCGAAUUACAGAGUGCCUUAAAGCCUACAGCGACCCUGAGCACGUCAAGAUAUGGCGACGAAACCUCUGGAUUUUUGUGUCCAAGUUUACAGAGUUUGGCGCUAGGAAGCUUCAUAAGCUUUAUAAAAUGGCCCAGAAGAAACGAUCACAUGAUGAAGAGAAGGAACAGAAGAAGAAGGACGACCCCGGAGGCAGAGUUAAACCUUUUCGACCAGAAGCCUCCAGUUCCAGUCGGGAUUCCUCGGGUCCACAGUCAACAUCGUCUCACGCUACAAAGUCAGGACCACACGGGCACCACAGAGAACCCUACAACAUGGCCAACAAACGGCACUUUGGCAACGAUGACAGGGGAGACUGGCAGAGGGAGCGCAAGUACAACCACCCCGGCAACAGCAACCAGUCGUGGCAGGGGGAGCGCCACCAUCCGUACGACGGCCACCGCUACAAGGACCAUUAUGGUGACCGACACUCACACGGGGACUCAUAUCGCAGCUCAGGUGGUUACCGUAACAACAGCUCCCCCCGCAAGAGGCCGUACGACCAGUACAGUAACGACCGUGACCACAGGGCUCACCGGCCAUACUAUGACAGACAUCUGGACCCCAAAAGAAGACGUCCAGACGACUUCCGUCCCAACUAUCACCAGGGCCGGGACGCCCCUCCUCAGGACUUCCGCAGGAUGCCCGAUCACAGGCCGAGCGGUCCACCUGGCCCGGAUCACUACGGCAGACCCUUCCACCCGGAAAAACCACCUCCGCUGCUCGAUCCUCGCUCUCCGCAGGCUCAGAAGUCGCCGCACGACUCCCGCUCGCCUCUUGAGCGCCCCGGUGACCCCAACACCCUUCCAGACCCCAACUGGAACAUGAGGAAGACAUAGAUGUUGGAGUCGGCAGUUAUAAGCUGGAAGGUAAGUCCUGCGCGAACAAUGGCACUCACUCUAAAGGAAAGAUCAUCCUUGUUUCAUGAAAAGACAGGACUCUAUGGAAUGCUGAUGGAUGCUUAGUCCUAUGGACUACUUUCUUAGGGAUGCAUGAACUGUUGACUGAUCUCAAUCCAAAAAGUGCCUGAAGGGUUUUUUGGCCUUUCUCCCCCCCCCCCCACAAAUGUAUGGGAGUAUUCCCAAAAGGAACCAUGAUGACGAUGAUGACUUUUUGUUUGUUUUGUGUGUUAAGCUUUUUUAUGUCAUUGAGUACAUCCGAAUGUGUUCUCAUGUGCACCUUUUUGAAACAUUUGUCUUGAACGUGUAGCGCAACGGAGUCAUGGCCAAAGUUGAGAGCCAUGCCAGUACAUUUCCUUUUUUUCACCUCACAUGUACUGAUGAUCAUGUACGUGGUUGCUAUAACCACUUUCCCAAGGACAUAGAAGACGCAGUGUUUAUUAUACUCUCUCAAAGUCUCAUAACACUACAAGAACAAUCACUCUUUCAAAAAUAACACCACAGUAUUAUGAUGGCUCUUCCCAAUCAUGGACUUGUCAACUGGAAGAUAUGAUCAUGUUCUAGCUCCCAGUGCCAAACCUCACCCUCUUCCUUUCUUCAGUUUUUCACGUUUGUGCCUUAUUUACGUGUCCGUUUCCCUUCAGUAUUGUGGUGUUAAGUGUUAAACAGUCACAUUUAUUGAGGACAUGGCUGAAAGUGAAAAGCGGUGAAGGGACCAUACUGUUAUAUGAUGUGUGUUGACAAGUAAGAAAAAGAUGUUUCGCUAGCAACCUUGCAGCACAUCUCUUUUUCUUCAUCUUCUUCGUCUUUUUCCGCCACGUCGAGUUAUAUUUCUUGUAUCAUAUGUUCUUGAAGAAAAAUAAUUUAUAUUUGUGAUGAAACCACUCUUUAUGAGAAAUGUGCUGUACAUAUGUUUGGACAUAUGUAAUAAAACUUUGGUACACAAAGGACUAAACAGUG